CUCGCUUUGUCAAUAAACGGAAGUAAAGAAGUUGUAAACAUGGCCGAUGAAUAUUGGUGGGAGGACGGAGGAUUUCUUAUCAAUUCUUGAAGGAAUGCGAACCAGAAGAAAUAUGGGGAAGAGGUGAAGUAAAAGAAAGAAUUGCAAAAGUGUUGCCAUGGCAACCAAACGACCAAGUUUGAAGGAUCGAAUGAUUGAGAAAAUCCACUCUGGUACUGCAAGAUUCCGGACUGGCAGUACAGAGGAUCUGUCCACCGGCUCUGACUCAGAAAGAAAAAACCCACACACUACCAAAUGGUAUACACAUCCUCAGUCAGAGGCCAAGACAGGUGAAGGACAGGUUGAGAAGGUCAAGGCCACAAUAGAGUCAGUCAGUAGCGAUACUGUCAAGAAUGGAAAGAAACCAAAGAAAGUGCAGCCUGAAGGCACAGUGGAAUAUAAGGUGUCAGAAAAUGAUACUCUGGUCUCCAUCGCAGCACAUUUUGAUACGACCCCUACAGCGCUCCAGAAACUCAACAAGAUGUUCACACGAAAUGUGUUCGCUGGACAGACUCUGUAUGUACCGGAUGGUUCAGUGAGGUCGAAGGUGGAAGAAAGUAUAGAGAAGUCACACACUCAAGUGGCAAGUCCUAAAAAAGACCUUCCUAACAUGGAUCUACCCCUGAUAAAGAUGGCUGAUAAACCUCCAGCCCGAGUACCUGGUCACGUGGAGCGAGUACCUACCCCUCUCUCCUCACCCACAGAGAAGGCAGAGUUUGAGAUUCCACAUAAACUGUCAGAGGAGGAGGCACGGGAACUCGAUCAGGAAUGUUACGAACGCUUCAUCAAAGUCAGCGCCAAACAUAUUACAGAUGGACAGGGAGUUGUGAGUGGAGUCUUGUUGGUGACCCCUAAUGCUGUCAUGUUUGACCCCAAUGUAUCGGAUCCACUGGUUUUGGAACAUGGAGCAGAGAGAUAUGGCGUGGUAGCACCGAUGGAUAUGGUGAUUAGUGCCGCCAUGUAUCAUGACAUUGCUGCCAUGAAGGCCAAAGGUCUAUGUGAAGGGGGAAAGAAGCCUGAAGUAUACCAUGACAAGAGCUGUACUCUUUUCAAGUCUUGGUGCGAGGGUCAUCCAAAUUUUGAGGUUGCCAGAGCAGCAUCUGAUGCUGGAUUUACGAGUGACCGAUUGACCAUAUCUGACCAUGUGUCCACUCCUACCAAAGUCACUGCGAGUCCUCAAUCCGAUUCUGCAAGCUUGUGUUCAUGUUCUGCUAGUCAGGGAGAAGGAGGGGCUUCAACAACCAGCUCCCCUGUUAAAGGUGACAAUGGUCAAUCCAGUGCUGUCAGUAACACACCUGGCAGGGAUAAAAACAAUGAGGGUGAAUUUGAAAUUACGUCAGCUAACGAUUUUGGAGAAUUUGUUUCUUCCGAGUCUGAUUUGCAAGAAUUUGAAAAAGUGAAUAGUUCCUCCCCUGGUAUUGAGUCAAAGAAAAAUGGUACAAAUAAGUCAAAUAAUGUUUCACGUCAUUCUGAAAAAGAGAAAGAUUUGAUAACAUUUGGUACAGAAUCCGAGUCUAAGCCCAUGUUUUUCAGUGGAAAUGAGAGUGAUAGGAUAAAUGACCCUAGCCCUGUCCCUGGGACAUCACCAAAUGAAAUGAGAAUAGGGAACAUUGUGUACCAUAACCUCCCCGUGUCGGAAAGUUCUAAAGGGCAGGUAACUGCUAAAGACAUAGAAAAUGCCCAGGUAGCUCUCUCUAAGUUAAGUGUGGAGGAAUUUGAACAGCAAAGGUCUCGAUCCACUCCUGUAGAUAUUCCAGUAGUUCAGCAGCCCAGCCAAUUAGAGAGUAGGUCAGCUUCAUUUGGUUCAUUUAACGUAGCUCCUCACUUGAACGCUUUUGUAAAUUACGCAACAGGACUGUUUAAAAAUUCUGAAGUUAAAGACAUAGGGGAGGUAACUCAAGAUAAUGAAAAGGGGAAAACUGAUAUACUGGAUAUUAAGGGGAAAAGUGACAUGAUAAAACAGAGGUUGAGGUCCCUGGGUUCCUCGCCUAAAGAGAAGUCAGAUCCAAUGGGAGCGGAUCUUGAAGUGGAGGUGGAGAAUGCAGUAAAGCUCGCAGAUAAACCCGAGUUAUUCCAGUCCUUUGAUAAGCUUAUACAAAGCAUUAAUGACCAACUUUCAUGGAAGUACAAACUGAUCCCCCGCCCCGCUGUUGCUGCGGAGGAUCCACCCCUGUACCUCUGUCUACAUCUUGGUAAACCCGUCAAUAAACACGUCUCUGAGACAGCACCGAUCCAAGCCUACACAAAAAAGAAAAAGAAGCCCGAGUACUGGUUCUCCAUACCCAGAGAAAAGGUAGACCAGCUUUAUGCAUUCUUCGUCCAGUGGAAGCCAGAGUUGUAUGGGGAUGAUGAGGAGAUUUCUGCUGAGAGGAGGGGCUUUGUUGUCCUUGAUGAAGAUGACCCAGAUGAAAUGGAAGUUUUUGAAGAGUACUUCAGCAAUGGACUGACUGCUUUACAGAAAGACUGGGAGAUAAUCAGUGCAGAAGAGGCCAGUAGGAGGAAAUCAGAACCCGAGGAGACACCCAUCUUACCAGAACUUCACGGACAAUCCACCAUUGUACAGGACUAUCAUGUACUCAUGCUCAGUCGCCACAUGCCUGCCCGGACUAUAGGUUACCCCUGGACUCUGAUCUACAGUACAGAACAACAUGGCUUUAGUCUGAAAACGCUGUACAGAGAUAUGCAGGGUGUGGACAGCCCGGUCAUGCUACUGGUCAAGGACACUAAUGACAAUAUCUUUGGAGCAGUGACAUCCUGUGAACUGAAACCAAGUGACCAUUUCUAUGGAACAGGGGAAUCAUUUCUAUUCACUUUUUAUCCAGAAUUCAAGGUAUUUAGGUGGACAGGUGACAACAAUUUUUUCAUCAAAGGCAACCAGGAGAGUUUAUCUAUAGGAGCAGGCCAAGGCCUGUUUGGUUUGUGGUUUGACGGUGAUCUGUACCACGGUCAGACUCAUCACUGCGAUACCUACGACAAUGAUGUCCUCACCUCAUCAGAAGAUUUCAUCGUCAAGGUGCUGGAGGCCUGGAUAUUUUCUCAGGAUUAGCUCAGUGUGGCUCCUAGUCUGGUAGACGUUUUAUGUCUCUCCGAUUCAGCAAUAAUUACAGAGAAGACUUCACCAGUUGUUGAUGUUUGUACUGCUGAAGCGUCAACUUAAAAUAUUGACAUGUCUACAAUAAACCUGUCAUGUCUCAAUGUAUAUAGAUCUUCAUUGACUCCAGUCUCAAGGUCGUUCACUCAAGAUGAUACAGAUUGAUUGUGAUGUCAUUUGCUUAAGGUUGCAUUAUUUGAACUUUUAUGCCAGAGAGGAAAGAGAAAUUGACACUUCAUCUGAAGUCGUUUUCUAAAAUAUGAACUUUUUCCAGAAGAGUGAAUUAAUUUGCUAGGUAUUCAAUUUAUGGUAUUUGAUUGAUUCAUCAAUAAGUGUGUAAUUUAUAUAUGCUUAAUGUCUAUAUGCAAUAAAGUCACCAAUUUUAAAUAAAGUCAACUUGGUAAUAGAGAAUCAGAGAUAAAUUUUGUGUUCAGUUAAUUGUGCUUGAUUAUAUAGAACAUGAUAUCUAGUCAUAUUAUGUAGGCUUCCUGUGUUAAUAUUAUACAUUUGCUUAGAAAAUAGUGCUUGUUUUAUUGUUGACCACAAAUAUUGUGAUACACUAGUUAUAAACUUAUAGCGAUGUUUGUGAUUGAGUAUGUAUGAAUUUGUGAUGAUAUAACUUUGUAAAGAACAAAUAAGCAGAGAAUUAUUUACAGUGAAACCUGUCUAAUCCAACAUCCAUUGGGAGAUUCACUCUUUGUUGUAAUAGACAGGGUGUCAGAUUACAAAGUGUAAAGAACAAGGAAAAUAGUGAAGGUCGGAAUUCACAAUGAAACCGAUUACACAGAUGUUGGAUUAAACAGUUUUCCCUGUAUUUAUGUUCUCUUUUCUGGAUAUUUAGUUAUACUGGUUCCUAAUGUGUUCAAUGAAAGGGGUAAAUUCUGUGAGAAAUAAAGUGCUGUUUUGAACAUAAAUGUAGUUUUGUUUAACUCUAAGUGAUUUUCUAAAACAUUUCAUUAAAAGAUAUACAUGUAUCAAUCAACUAACGUUUCAAAUAAGAUGUAAAAUCAGAGGAAAUGCUAAGUGUGCAUGUGUGUAUGUGUGUUAUGUGCAAAUAGAAUAAGAAAGAAUGGUGCAAAAUCGAAUUUAUGUAUCAAACUUUGUCAAAAAAAAGUGCUUCAGUAUGUAUACAUGUAUAUGUUUUAUGCUUGCAAGUUUUUUUUGUAUUGAUUAAUAUUAAAAUGUUGUUCAGAAUGUUAUUUCAUCCUGGAUUCUGUGAUAUAACACAAUGUAUAAACCACUUAAAAUGUCAGCAUUUACAUUACGUUAUCUUUGUUAUCAGUACUAAAAGUAUUGUAUGUAAUUGUAAAUCACUCUGUGUUUUUGUGAUAUUGAGUACACAGGCACUUCACAUUUUAGAGAUGUUGUUUUUCAGACUUCAUCCUUGUCAAUUUGCAGGCAAGGAGAAAUUAUGUGUUUGUGUUGAGAAAUGCUCAUACAUUCAAGUGUGAUAGAGAAAUUGUGCUUAUUGUUUAUCAGACUUGUUGUUUGUGAUACAGAAUAUUGAUAAACUGUAGGAUUGUAUUAGGUCACAUUAGAAUCUGACAAAGGAGAGAGUACUGGGGUGUUUUUCUUUCAAAAAUUAUUGAAAAAUUCCAUGCAUUUUUUUUUUCUUGGAAAUAAUACACUGUAAUUUUAAACAUUCCUCAUUUAGGGUUUUAAACUUGUAAGACAUAAUGUUUUAUAUGAGUUAAUAUUGAAUAUAGUAUGUUAUUUGAGAAAAUAAAGAAUUUAGUAAGAAAUGUUU